AUGGGGCUUGUUCUCGGCAAGCGCAGAUUCGAGGAUCCGACAUGGAAAUAUACAGGCGGUCCUUCGGUUAAGCAGCUUCGGAUCAUCAUGAAGUUCAUCAGUUUGACCAGUUUCAUCCUGCUCCUUGCAGCCACCAGUGCACUCCCCACCACGGGCCCUGCCACACGAGACUUGGGACCCAAGAAGAACCUCCCUCUUGGCUACAAACGGGAUGUACAGCUUGAGUCUGCUGCGGCUGCAGUCAACACCAUUCCACCCGAGGACGAUCCGGAUGUUGUUGACGGCACCCUGAUUGCGACCUAUGGAUGCCCAUGA